GGACCCCGCGGCGGCUGCCGGGCUCCCAGCUCGCUCUCCGGCCAUUGGCUUCGUGCGCGCUGCCGCCGCGCCGGGCCCGCCCUGGAUCCCGGUAGGGCUUGGCUAAAACGCGGAGCGGUAGUGGGGCGUGGGCUGCCAGAGGCUCUCUGCGGUCGGGAAGAAAAGAAGAUCCGGGGAUGUCUGCUGUCCGUAUGGCGAUGUACGAUGAAGACAUCUUGAAAAAUCCCUUCUAUGUAGCCAUCCAGAAGCGGCGUCCUGAUCUGUGCAGCAAAGUUGCAGAAUUCCAUGGUGUUGUGUUAGUUCCAUGCAAAGGAAGCCUUUCAAGCAGCAGUCUCUCUACCUGCCAGUUUGAAUCUUAUGUUUUGAAGCCUCUGGAGGAAAACUUUCAGACUGUAAAUGGAAAGGAGAUCUUCAUAAAAGGAAACUUCAUCGUUUUAGGAACUGGUUUUAAUUUUCAUCUCUCAGUACCUGUUCUCUUUGAGGAAACGUUUUACAAUGAAAAAGAAGAAAGCUUUAGUAUAUUAUGCAUAGCUCAUCCACUGGAAAGAACAGAAAGCUCAAGUGAAUCUACAGCUUCAUCAAAAUCCUAUUCUCUUAAAAAUAUUGAAGAUGUUAGAGGAUUCUUGGGAAGGCACUGUGAGAGGUUUGAUAAAUACAUAGGAUCUUUCCACAGAACAUGUAAAGAACAUGAAAGGAAAAGCCUCCGUCACUACAUAGACUCUGUCAAUGCACUUUAUACUAAAUGUCUCCAGCAUCUUUUGAGAGAUUCACACUUGAAGAUGCUUGCAAAGCAGGAAGAGCAAAUGAAUCUGAUUAAACAAGCAGUUGAAAUGUAUAUCCACCAUGCUAUUUAUGACCUAGUUUUUAAAUAUGUGGGGACUAUGGAGGCAAGUGAGGAUGCUGCUUUUAACAAAAUCACGAGGAGCCUUCAAGACCUGCAGCAGAAAGAUGCUGGAGUGAAGCCAGAGUUCAGUUUCAAUAUACCACGUGCAAAGCGAGAGCUGGGCCAGCUGAACAGGUGCACUUCCCCUCAGCAGAAGCUGCUUUGUCUACGAAAAGUGGUACAAGUUGUCAUGCAAUCUCCUAGCCAAAGAGUUAACGUGGAAACCAUGUGUGCAGAUGAUCUUCUCUCUGUUUUGCUGUAUUUGCUUGUGAAAACAGAAAUUCCAAACUGGAUGGCUAACUUGAGUUACAUAAAGAACUUCAGGCUUUGCAGUUCAGUGAAGGAUGAACUAGGAUACUGCCUAACUUCAAUUGAGGCUGCGAUAGAAUACAUACGACAAGGCAGCCUCUCCGACAGAUCAGCAGAAUCUGAGAGAGUGUGUGACAAGCUGCUUUUGAGACAAAGGAUGAACUUGUUGUCCCAGAUGUCUGCUACUCCAACAGAUUGCUUAUUUAAGCAUAUUGCUUCAGGUAAUCAGGAGGAAGUGGAGCGAUUACUAAGUCAAGGUGACAACGAUAAGGAUACCGUACAGAAAAUGUGUCAUCCACUCUGUUACUGUGACAGAUGUGAGAAGCUGGUUUCUGGGAAAAUGAAUGAUCCUUCCAUUGUCACUCCGUUUUCCCGAGACGACCGGGGAUAUACGCCGCUUCACAUAGCUGCUGUUUGUGGACAAACAUCAUUAGUGGAUUUGCUGGUAGCCAAAGGAGCCAUUGUCAAUGCUACAGAUUACCACGGUUCAACUCCACUUCACCUUGCCUGCCAGAAGGGGUAUCAAAAUGUUACACUUCUCUUACUGCACUAUAAGGCAAGUAGUGAUGUUCAGGACAAUAACGGAAAUACUCCACUUCAUCUAGCCUGCACUUACGGCCAUGAGGAUUGUGUUAAAGCUCUAGUCUACUAUGAUGUGCAUUCCUGCAGACUAGAUAUUGGUAAUGAAAAGGGAGACACUCCUCUCCACAUAGCUGCUCGUUGGGGCUAUCAAGGGAUCAUAGAAGUGCUUUUGCAAAAUGGGGCAAAUCCAGAAAUUCAAAACAGGAUGAGAGAGACUUCCCUACAGUGUGCAUUAAACUCCAAGAUUGUGUCACUGAUGGAAUUAAACUAUCUAACGUUUGAAAGAGGACAGAGCGCUUCGGAGUCACCACUUAGGUCUCCUCAGCACUCUACAGAAACUUUCAGCAGAGGAUCUUCUGUCUCAAGCCUGUCAUCAACGUCAACUGAUACAAGGCAAGAAGAAGUAAAAAAUAGCUACAAAGAGGUGGAAAAACUCCUAAGAGCAGUUGCUGAUGGAGACCUGGAAAUGGUACGUUACCUCUUAGAGUGGAUGGAGGAAGACUUAGAAGAUGAUGAUGAUGACACAGGCUGUACAUCAAAACCAGAACUCUGCCAUCCAUUAUGUCAGUGCUCAAAAUGUGGGCCAGCACAAAAGAAAUGUGCAAGGGUCUCUGCUAAUGGACUUGGAGUAAACGUUUCCAACCAAGAUGGUUUUACACCAUUGCAUAUGGCUGCACUGCAUGGACACUCUGAACUUGUCUGUCUCUUGUUGAAACAUGGGGCCAGUAUCAGUGCCAAGAAUGUAAAACAUGCAGUUCCUCUUCAUCUAGCCUGCCAGAAAGGUCACUUCCAGGUGGUGAAGUGUCUGAUGGACCACAAUGCUAAACAGAAUAAAAAGGAUAUAUACGGAAAUACUCCUUUAAUUUAUGCAUGCUUGAAUGGUCAGUAUGAGACUACUGCCUUGUUGUUACAGCAUGGAGCUUCAGUUAACCUUUCUAAUGCCAGAGGAAACACAGCACUGCAUGAGGCUGUGAUAGGCAAGAACGAGGCCCUGGUGGACUUGCUGCUGCGGAAUGGCGCGGUCACGCACAUCAGGAACGAAAGGAACUGCACGCCUGCCGACUGUGCUGAGCCGAAUUCCAAUAUCAUUAAGUUGCUGGAAACAGCACCAAGCUGUGUACCUGUGUCAGCAGGAAGAGAAGAAAAGGAGUGCGAGCAGCAUGCUACUCUCCAGAUAAGAAAAAAAGUGAAUUCUAAGCCAUGUGAGAAAGCUGAUGAUCCUGCAAGCAGACAACUUCAAUUGGUCCAGUCAAUUAACAGAUUUAACAAAGCAAAACAUUUACGGAGAACCAUAACAAGAGAUAAAACUGUACCUAAUUUUGACUAUCAGUUACUGCAUCAGUUAGCUAUUAAAAGCUUUGAUAAAACCAGGUUAAAAUCUGUUGAGACACUGGACCAGAGCCAAGUUAAGAUUACGGGCACACGAUGCAGUGGUGAGCAUGUGGAGCGUGGUGAUGUGAUGGAAGCUCCUCAGAGGAGUAAAUUAAUGCACCGAAGACACACCAUUAGUGUGCCACUCUCAGCAGACAAUGUCAGUGACGAUAGUCUAAGUAUUUCACAGUCCAGAGACUGCUGUGAUGACCUGUGUUGAAAACACUGACAAGAAAACACGAAUUUGAUGUCAAAUCUGAGGAAACUGGGUGGUGUUCAUUUCAGUAACCCUUCACUAUAUCAAAGAAUGCUGCCUGCCCUGGGGACAGAACACGAGGGCAGCUCCUCAGCAGGAGCAGAAUGUUUUAAGCACUUUUGCAUACUGAAUCUUCUGUUUACAUUGGAGAUAACUGCGCAGCCAGAUCAUUCCUGAGCUCAGCAAACACAGACCUCCUGCGAUGGAGACAGCAAAAAUACUUUCCUGUUCUACUUAACACUUAUUGAAGAAUUAGAUGUGCCAGUAAACCAAAUGAAACCUUGUAUUUUUCAGCCACCCACUUUGUUUUUAAGAGUAUUUGAAGAAUUUUUGCAUUUUCAGCUUUUAUCACUACAUUGGAUACAUGCAAAGAUAUAUUUAUAUAUAGCACAGUGAGGAAUUUAUUGCCAGAGGUAGUUGAAAUGUCUCUAUUUUUAUUGUAAUGCUACAAACCAUCAUGGUAUAUAUUUGUGUAAUUCAGUACCAGCUGUUAGGAGCCAUAGUUCAGAACAACUGUGAUGCCACGUAAGAAAUUUAUCCGUAAUACUUGUGUGAAGUGAUGUAAUCCUUGCUCAUCUCUUUGCAAUGUUCCUCUAUACUGGACCUACAAGAUCAGUUUUUUAUGUGGAAGCCAAGAGAGCAAGGAAAAAAGAGAGCACCCUUCACAAAACAAAACUCUGGACUCUUUUCACAAGCUAAUUAAAAAAACCAAACAUGCAGAAGCAAACAUGUAUAAGGAGACACAAACCUGUUUGAAAUUGGUGUUUUGUUGGUGUUUUUUUUUUUUCCUUCCUCUAAAGCAAGUCAUAGAAAAAUGCACAAAUAUUCAUGAUUCUCACCCUGGGCAACAUCUGCAAACAAAACUGCCUAGGGGUGUGCUCUGGGCUGCCCUUUAGAAAGGGUGAAAUGUCAGUGAGGAAAGGUGGUUCUCACUGCAGUAAGCAUGUGUUGGAAUAGGCCAAGUAUUGUCCUGUUCCUAGAGGUGACGAGUGAAGAGGUGAAAGCUCCCCAGUAAGGUGGCUGCUUGGAUUUGAACUUGUUUCUGUGUUUUCAUUAUGGUAGAAUACGUAAAUAGCACAGGUUGGGUUUCUAUGGUUGGUUGUUUCCUUACUCAUUACAUACAUUCACAUUUUAGAUCAUAAACUGAAUAAUUCUGUUUCUUUGAGCUGUGCUGUUAGUACAAGCCUGGCAGUCUAGAAAGCUGGAGGACAUCCUGGUGAUUUCUUUCAGCUUUCUUCUGAGAUAAAAAUGUGCAGUCAGUGCACGUGUGGAGAGGUGGAGAUAAGGGUCGUGUGUUUAUUUUUCUAAUAACGUAUUCAUUCCUGUGGUUUUUCUAAUGUGCCUUUGCUUUGUGCCAAAUGAUGGAAAGAAAAAACCCUAGUAAAAUAACUCUUGAAAGAGCA